AUGGUAGCAAUAUUGCCAACAUUUGUCUGUGCUCUUCUCGCGGUGUUCCCGCACGCGUAUGUGGCUGAUGAUGCCGUUCAAUUGAGUGCGAGUUUUGGCGGUGAUUUUGGAACGGAAUUCUCAGAUCAAUCGUCAGCCACAUCAGGGCAAAAAAUCGAAUCCAUUACGAUUCGAGCGGGCAAACGAGUUGAUGGGAUUGUUUUAGUGGUCAAAAGUCCGAAAGAAGCAACUUUUAAUCACGGUGGAUAUGGUGGCAAGCCAAAUACUUUAACACUUGGCAACGAGGAAUAUAUUGUUUCUAUGGAGGCGCAUUGGGACACGUACAAAGGCAAAAAACGUAUUUUCUUUUUGGCUUUCAGCACAAAUGCUGGUAAAUCAGUCUCAGGAGGUUCUCACACUCAAUACAACGACACAGCGAAAGCACCUGAGGGUUGUCAACUUGGAGGUUUUUUUGGUCGAGCUGGCGACGAGGUCGAUAAAAUAGGAGCGAUCUGGACACGAAUUUCGGCUGAAGCGCCAGUCAUUAGUGAGCCUGCGCGUGCUCCUGAAGUCGACAGGGGUAGUGACCAUUUAGAUGCUUCAUCAAAUACAGGGUCGGAAGGAGACUCCGAGGGUGGGGGAUCUGGGUCCGUUUUACAACUUGAGACUGACGCUUCAAGAGAUAACUCGACAGAAGACUCAAGAGCAGCAUCAACAGCGGGAUUUUUAGAUUCGUCAACAGGAGACUUCGAAAUUACAUUUCCACCAGGAUCAGUGCAUGAGUCACCCGACGCUUCCAAUGAUGAUUUACCAUCACUUGAGUCGCUCGAAACUUAUCAAUUUGCAUCAGACCUGCAAUCAUUAUCAGGAUCAACAGCAGGAUCCUGGUUGUUAAAAGACUUUGAAAUCACUUUUCCUCCAGAAUCAGUGCACGAGUCAACCGAAGCUUCCGAUUCUGCAUCGAAUGAGGGAUCAUCUUCGCUUGAGUCUGCUGAAGACUCGGGUCAUGCCUCAGCAGCAGAAUCAGCAAGUUCGGCGUCAGUAGUACAGUCUGACACGCCGACGAUAGACGUAAAGGACUCAAUCCAGCAAAGUGAACUAUUCGGGGGACCUCACGGCAUGAACUUCACCGACAAAAAUCUAGUCAACUCGGGGCAGAAGGUCAGUCAAAUCUCAAUUUAUGCUGGAAAACGCCUCGAUGGCGUCAGCAUAGAUAUUAAGUCACCCAAAACACUUACAUUCACCCACGGAGGAACUGGUGGUAAGAGGCAAGUACUGAAAUUAGACGAUGGCGAGUAUAUCAACUCGAUGGAAGUACAUUGGGGUAAGAAAGAUGGUCAUACGCGUAUUUUUUACGUGGCUUUUAAAACGAGUGCUGGAAAAACGCUCUCCGGAGGGUCAACAACGAAUGAUAAACGCACAGUGACGGCUCCUGAAGGCUUUCAACUAGCAGGCUUUUACGGCAGUGAUGGAAAAGAAAUUGAUAGUCUUGGAGCAGUUUGGGCGUACAUAGAUCUCGUGACACCCGCUCCGACACCUGCACCAGCUCCCGUGACAGAAGAAGAUUCACCAGGAACAGUUGCCCCCGAAGAUAUCGCCAGUAGUCUGUCAGAAGUCGAUAUGGUCGAGAAUAAUCUACCAGUUCAGCUCAGUGAUUCCUUUGGUGGCCCGCAUGGCGAGCAGUUUUCUGAUCAAUUAGCGUGCACAUCCGGUAUGAUCAUUAAAUCGGUCACAAUUCGAGCAGGUAAACGUGUUGAUGGUCUCAUUGUGCAAGUCUCGGCACCUAAAGAGAUGACGUUUAAAAAUGGCGGAAAUGGUGGUAAGGAUAACACUAUUACACUUGAGCCUGGCGAGUACAUUACAAAAAUGGAGGUGAACGUGGGUCAAAGAAUGGGCCACACGCGCAUUUUUUUUGUGAGCUUAACAACAAGUAAAAGCAACACGGUGUCCGGUGGGACCCCAACAGUUGAAAAGUCCUUUUUGGUCGCGCCAAAAGGGUACCAGCUUUCUGGGUUUUUUGGUCGAUAUGGCGAUGAAAUGGAUCUUGUCGGUGCAGUUUGGACGAGUAUUGCCAAGAUGAAUGAAACGAUCAAUUCCCCGGUUUCGGCUGACGAAGAUGUUGUUCUUGGAGAGCUCUUUGGCGGUCCACAUGGAAACGCUUUCUCAGAUAUUGAAAAACUUCGUUUCAGUCAAACUAUUGCUUCGAUUUCGAUCCGAUCGAACAAGCGAUUAGAUUUUGUUCAGUUGAAGCUGUCCAGACCAGAAGAUGUAAUCAUGAAGCAUGGAGGACGAGGUGGGACGGAGAAAUCAAUCACACUUGCUCCCGACGAGCACAUUACGUCUAUGGAGGUUCAUUGGGACAGAAAGGACAAACACACUCGCGUCUUUUACGUCGCUUUUACCACCACCGCUGGUCAAAUUUUGUCUGGUGGAACCAAGACUAAAAAUGUUGCGACUUCAACAGCUCCAGAAGGUUUUAUUUUAGGCGGCUUUUACGGUCGAGCGGCUAACGAAGUGGACCAGAUUGGCGCAAUUUGGAUCAAUAAGACGGCUAAAGAUCUAGAACUUACGGAUCCAACAGGUAUGGGUCAAGGGAUGUAUGGCACCACGAUUCGUAAUUGGGUGGGUCCAAGCAUUGGAAGACCUACUGAUACGUCCUGCUAUCGAAAAGUCACCGAUUAUGACAGCAGCACAAUCUGUCCGUUGGGAUAUGGUAAGCAAGACUUCAACUGCAUGGCUCGUUGUCCGUUGUCGUUCCCAGUCACGUGUGGUGGAGAGUGCAUUCCUCAAAAUGACGAUUGUGCUCUUAUGGUGCUUGAUAAAAUCGGUUCUGUCCUCUUUGUAGUCUUAAAUGCUGCUUCUUUAAACUUAUUUGGUGAAAUUCGGACUGCAUACAAACUGACCAAGCGGGUAGUCAUGUGCGCGAAACACAUCGUGGGAGCGAUACAUAGCUUGAUUUACUAUCUUCGAUAUCGGCAAACCACAGCCCCCGUUGGCGAAACAGCUGAAAUGUUGGCAAUGGCGUACCAAGCUGAUGUUGUGAUCUUUGAUAUUCCCAUUGCUGUGUGCGUGUGCUUAGGCAUAGACGUCCCUAGUUCCGCAGGGUGGUCCGACAUCGUCUUGUCAAUUGUGGAAGGAAUUGUAAAAGCAGUAAUCACGCAAGGGGACGAGCUUAUCAAACAUGGAAUUAAUGUCCUGAAUUUACUUCAAGGUAAUGGUCUGGCUAAUGAUUCUUCGACAACAAAGGAUGAGCUCGAGGAUCUCGUAAAAAAAAAUUCGACAUGUGGAUGGGAGUUAAAGCGACUCACGGAUCGAAUCAUACGUGCUGUUCUCCGAUAUCGCAAUGCGAGUGAUAGCUUGAGUGACGUGCGGGUCAAAGUAUACAAAUCAGCAAUAGUGCUUAACGAUAUCCCGACCGUUACAAACAACUGUAUGGGUGAACUUCUGACCACGAAGACAAGAAUGGCAGCAUUUCAGACGCGUGACCUACUGCGAAAGACGUUCGGAGUAAUUGUUGAUCAACUCAUUGAUACGGGCCACACUGACAAUGGCACGCACGUUGCCGAAGAUGAAUACAGGCUAGAAGUUGCCAAUAUGGGACUAACUGUGCUUGCAUCAUUCGAUCCAACAGGUAUUACGUACAUGGCUGCACAAUUUGUGCAACCUAUUUGCGGGCCUACAGCUUACAUUGGGGAAAUCGAUGACGGAACGCUUUAUGACGCAUUGGGGCUACAGGUGGUAGAUGAAGCGUUUAGAGGGACUUAUGGUUUCUAUACACACAAAGGGGAUGGCGUUGUCCACCUAAUUUUUGAAAGCGUCGACACAAAGGAUGUGACGGUUGUCAUUCAUUCGGGGGGCGAUGGAUAUACAAAAGUUAAUGUUGGUGCCGGCGAUGUCACUACAUGGGACGCUACAUUUCCAGAAUUUGAGGACAAGACGUUGUACUUGGAUCGAUGGCGUCCUGGUAUCUUUGGAUUGCCGGGUAAAGGCGGAGGUUCAUUGAAAAUGUGGAUCCCUCGAUCAUCUUUAGGAGGUCAUAUCACUAUGCAUUGUAUGUGGUGUCGUAGUAGGAAUGAACGAUGUUAA